GAGGUGGUGCCGGGGAUGCGGGGAGUUCACCUGCAGGGGGCGCCCCUUGUGUCUCCGCAGGAGGACGAAGUCCCGCCGGACGCCGGGCCGGGGAUAACCUCGACCCUGGUGCUGUCGGUCUUCACGGCCGUGCUCGGGUCCCUGCAGUGUGGGUACAACAUUGGUGUCAUAAAUGCCCCCCAAAAGAUCAUCGAGCAGAACUAUAACGCCACCUGGCUGGCGCGGCACAACGCGUCCAUCGAGCUCUCCACGCUCACCACCCUCUGGUCCCUGUCGGUCGCCAUCUUCUCCAUCGGGGGCAUGAUCUCCUCCUUCCUGGUGGGGGUCAUCUCUGAGUGGCUGGGCAGGAAGCGGGCCAUGAUUAUCAAUAACGCCCUGGCCUUCCUGGGAGGGGCCCUCAUGGGGCUGGCCAAGCUGGGCUGCUCCUACGAGAUGAUGAUCCUCGGCCGGUUCCUGAUUGGUGCCUACUCAGGGCUGGUAUCUGGCUUGGUCCCCAUGUACGUGGGUGAAAUUUCCCCCACCCACCUGCGGGGGGCGCUGGGGACCCUGCACCAGCUGGCCCUCGUCAUCGGGAUACUCAUUGCCCAGGUGUUCGGGCUGGACUCCCUCCUCGGCAGCCCCGAGCUCUGGCCCCUGCUCCUGGGGCUGACCGUGGCCCCCUCGGCCCUGCAGCUGGUGCUGUUCCCCUUCUGCCCCGAGAGCCCCCGGUACCUCUACAUCAUCCGUAACAAAGAGUCCAAGGCCAAAGAGAGUUUGAAGCGGCUGACGGGGCGCAGCGACGUGAGCGAGGCCCUGACAGAGAUGAAGGAAGAGAAGCGGCGCAUGGACAUGGAACGCAAGGUCUCCAUCACCCAGCUCUUCCGCUGCCGGAUCUAUCGCCAGCCGCUGCUCAUCGCUGUGGUGCUCCAGCUGUCCCAGCAGCUCUCCGGCAUCAAUGCGAUAUUCUAUUACUCCACCAGUAUCUUUGAGUCAGCCGGGCUGGAGCAGCCCGUGUUCGCCACGAUCGGCGCUGGGGCCAUCAACGCUGCCUUCACCGUUGUCUCGCUGUUCCUGGUGGAACGGGCAGGUCGCCGGACGCUGCACCUGGUGGGGCUGGCAGGCAUGAUGGUGUGUGCCGUGGUGAUGACGGUGGCAUUGGUGUAUCUGGAUCGGGUGCCGGCCAUGAGCUACAUCAGCAUGGUGGCCAUCUUCGGCUUCGUGGCUUUCUUCGAGAUCGGGCCGGGGCCCAUCCCGUGGUUCAUCGUGGCCGAGCUGUUCAGCCAGGGGCCCCGCCCGGCGGCCAUGGCAGUGGCCGGGGGCUGCAAUUGGACCUGCAACUUCAUUAUCGGCAUGGCCUUCCAGUCCAUGGCGGAUGCCUGCGGGCCGUACGUCUUCCUCAUCUUUGCAGCCCUCCUCCUUGGUUUCUUCCUCUUCACCUACUUCAAAGUCCCUGAGACGCGGGGCCGGACCUUCGAUCAGAUUGCUGCCGCGUUCCGACGCACCCCGUCUCUAUUAGACCACGAAGUCAAACCUUCCACCGAGCUGGACUGUCUGGGGCCAGACGACAACGCCUGACGUGGGGCAGGAGCAAUCGGCCAGAGAGGGAGAGAGAGACACACAAGAGGAAUGUAACCGUAACCCAGCACUUUAAUGACACAGCAAGGUUUAGAGAUUUUUAGGUUAGUUGUUUUGUUUUUAGCUUUGUGGGUUUUAUUUUUAAGAUUAUAUAUAUAUAUAUAGAGAGAGAGAGAGACAGAAAGAGUGAUUGUGUUGUAUAUGUGUGUGUGUGUGUUUGUGUCAGAGGCAUGGAGAUAAAGACGUGUUGGGAGCUGCGGAAGGAAUUCAGUUAAGUGACAAAGGAAGGGGAAGCUGGAGGAGAAUCCAGCUCAGCUGGGUGCACACUCUUGGAAUCGGAGAUGGGGAAAAGACCUCCCCGAGACCAUAUCCAGCAGCUGGAACAGAUGUUCAGGCAUUCCCGAGCAAUGUAUGACACUAGUAGGCUCCAGAACUGUUGACUCCAAUGGUUGGAGUAGAUUCUGCGUCGACUCAGGGACAGGAGACUUUUCUGUUGAUGAGAAGGUAGAAGGAGAAUGCAAAACUGUGGUGGAGUUCUUUCGAUCCUACUGAACGGUCCCGCCGCCGUCAACGGAGUUGAGCCAAAGGGCCAGAACAAGCAUGACCUCAUCAUGUUCUCUAAUGCCGAGAGUUAGAAAGGUUGGAGCAAGAAGGCCGGGUGUCAUGGACGCCGUCAGACACCGUGACUCCGUCGCUGAAUGGCAAGGCUCCUACAGGCAGGAGCUGUGACUCUUUGCCCUAUGCAUGCCCUACGAUACAGUGGAGUCACUCUUAACUCCCCAUGGCUGGCGAUUGACUCCUAGUGGCAAAUAUCAUGAGAACUUCCACCCCGCUCCAUCCAAGCCAGCAGAGCAGGAUUUCCUGGAUGCUAUGACCUGGGACAUCCCUUCCCGUCCAUCUUCUGAGGUUUGUAGGAGAUCUAAGGGGACCUCACCACUCUUCCUGGAAAGCGAGCGUCAAGAGAAGAUGGUCAACUCAUCUUUGGAGGAGAACUGGUUGCAAGGGGCUGACAAGGGAGGGCGGGGGGUGGGGUGGGAAGCCAUCGCCCAAGGUGGGGAAGCUUAUGAGAAAGGGUGCAUCGGGUUUUGUGAACUGCAGUCCACACCAGUUGCAAGUCAACGCAGAAUGUGGGACCUCCGCUCCACAGCUCAUAUCUAUAGGGACAAGGAAUGGCCCAACUGGAUCAGACCCAUGGUCCACCUAGCCCGCUAUUGUGUUUUAACAGGAUGGUGUCCUCAGCCUUGCAUGCAGAAGACAAGAUGCUAGGAAGACUCUGUGCUCAGCAGCCCAGGACAAUUUGCUAGUUAAACAUGGUGGGAUUGUUGGUUGGUUGGCUGAUUAUUUUUAAGAAGGCUGUAAAUACAGAAGCACCCAGAACAGAGUUGUUAAAAUUACUGCUCUCCAUUUUGGCUGCUAGCUGACUGUUGGAAGUCUGAAGAGAGACAGUUGCGUUGACCUACAAAGACCAACCUUGCUAAAAUUUUAGUGAUUAGACCCGACACGCCGCUGUGUUUGGGGUGGGACAAACAAAGAACCUGUUUAAGCAGAUGACAGGCACAAGAGAUCAAUAUCUGUGCUUGAAGACAGUUUACGGACGAAGCUAGGAAGCUUCUGAACCGUUAGUAGGAUCUGAGAGAGUUUCUGUUUUGUAAUUAACAGAGGCGCUUGUCUUAAUGUCAGGGACACGUGGAGAGGCAUUAGCGCAUUAUGCGACCUUUUGUAUUUCAGCGAGAAGAAUGUAAGAAAUUCUUUGUAUAUAAAGGACGUAGUCAAACCGAG